CGGUCAUGUGAUCAGCUGUGUCCAAUCACAGCUGAUCACAUGAGAGCCGGUGAUCAGCGUUCCGCGGAGGGGACAUGUACACUGAUCAUCAGGGCACUGAUGAUCAGUGUGCCCUGAUGAUCAGUGUGGCCCCAGAAGUGCCACCUGUCAGUGCUCAUCAGUGCCAGUGCCCAUCAGUGCCACCUGCCAGUGCCCAUCAGUGCCACAUCAAUGCCACAUAUCAGUGCAUACCAGUGCACAUCAAUGCCACAUAUCAGUGUCAUCUGAGCUGCCUUUCAAUGUCACCCAUCAGUGCCAGUCAGUGCCACCUAUCAAUGCCUAUCAGUGCCACCUAUCAGUGC